CUUAAUUAACAACAACGAAAGAAGAUCAACACCACAAAGUCCUGCUCCUACAUUGAACAAACCGCAGUCUUUCGAAAGAGCUUACAGAAGACGAACUCUAUCUCGAAAUCUCAGGCCACUUGUUCCGACUAGUGCCGACCUCGCCUCACUGAUAACACUCGGGAGAUCUGCCACUCUGCGGCUUGGCCACUAGCGUCAACAAGCGUGGGACUUCUUUAAGGUUUCUUCGACUCCGCAACCGUUUUUUUCGACCAAUCUGUAUUAUACUUUCCAGCAAUUUGCCCCUACAUAUUUGCCCCCGUCAAUAUGCCUGUACCUACAACCCCGGUCUACUCACAUCGCAAUACGACACAACUGGCGGACAUCAACGCAUCUCCCAACGAGGCUCCACCCAGCAAUUCACUCUGCUCGACACCCGUUGAAUCGAUCUGCUCUCUUCACGAACAGGGCUCUGCGGAAUUGAUACAAGCUCGUGUAACAAUGAUCAAUAAAUCGAGAACCUCCCUCAGCAUCCCCGAAGGCGGGCUCGUGACUAAUGCCCGUCGGUUUAGUCUCAUGCCUUCUCCUACCUUGGAUCAGCCCCCGCUCAAUCGACCCACACUGGACACAGGAGAACAUAAUGCGAAGCCUGUAAAUCAACAAAGUGUUCAAAGCGAUACUGAGAGUGAGACAGAUCCUAAUUUUCACAGCUCAUCGACCCCUAGCGAACGACACGCAAGAUAUUCGAUUGGCCAGCACCUGUCCUCACUGCAGCUUGACGAGGCUAGAACGCAACAAGCAAUCAAAUGGAUGCUAGCUCCGAAAGAACAACAAGGGUUGCUGAACUACGGACUUGGCUUACGAUUAGAACAAAUGAUUUCCAGUCCGUCACGAUCAACUGAGAGUACUUACAGUGUUCCAGUUGAACUCUCGCAUCGCAUUCAACGCUUAUUGCACAUCAUCAUCCUCAAUCCUCGCUUGUCUGAUUAUGAUGGGGCUGUAAUACAAUCCGUGUUGCAUUCCAAUUGGGGAAGCCAAGGACGAGCUGCCCGUUGAAUUUGAAACUCAUCUGAUAAUACAGCGAAAGGUAGAAAGUGUGAUCAAGUACCACCUGGAGUUCAUUCGACAAGAUAUUUGUCGCAUGUUGAGUCAAGCUAAAUCAGAGGGAUGGUCAACGCCCAAAGUUUGUCGGAAACUAUCGAAAUUGGUGCGGGAAGAAGCUCUGCAGCACACUCAAGAAUUUUGGGUCCGAUGGGCGUUCUUACGUUACAUGUUCGAACAUUCACUGCACUUUUGGACAGAUGUGACUGCGAAGUUGGCCGAGCGGCAAAAAAAGUUUCAAGAUCAGAAUGUGACAUUUAUUGACCAGAUCAAUUUUUAUCUUACGACUUAUUAUAAGCGCGACCAAAAGACUUAUCCGCACGAGAAACCUCUCUCUCAUCUGCUCGUCCCCUGGGAGACGCUAUCAGGUUUACAGGCUGAUCUAUGGAAUAUGACAAUAGUCAUCUGAUCUUGAUCCGUCUUGAAUUCUUCCUUGUACACCAAUCUUUCUUUUGGAGAUCAUUACUACCUUGCCAUCGAACCAUUAAGUGGCAUGGUUUCCACAUAUCAGGCACUCACAACCCACCUCUUCCUUUUUCCUCAUUCAAAUUCAGUUAAAUAUGUUUUCAGUUUUGUUACCAGACCAUGACUCUGCUUCUCCUUGCCAUGCACAUGAAAUAUCCUUACACUACUUCAAAUAAAGUGAAUUUUGUUUACGUUU